CGUGGGUUUUAAAUUUCCAAAUUAGGGUUAACCCAGUCCAAGCUCCCUGUGAUAUCCCGUACCCCAAGGAAAAAACAGGAAAAGAAAAAAAAAACGAGAAAGAAGAAUCAGAGCAAGAGCGAGAGAGCUGAGUUUGGGUUUUUGUCAAAAAGGCUGCGAAUUGGGUAUUUCUGGAUUUGAGGGUUUAGAUUGAUUUUCAGAAGCGCAAAGACGAACAAUUGGGAGUUUGGUUUUCUGCUGUUGAUCAGAUUUGUAGAAAGGCAAAAGGCGAGAAAGUUUCUCAAGUGGAGGGCUUUGUUUUGGGUUGUUUACUGUCUUUGAUUACCUUGCCCUACCGUCUUUACACUCUCCCCGUCUCACUGAAGCUAAACGAUGUCGUACGACGACGUGGAGAUCGAAGAUAUGGAGUGGAACGACGAGCUCCAGGCGUACACAUACCCAUGCCCAUGCGGAGACUUGUUCCAGAUCACCAAGGAAGACCUGAAAUUGGGGGAAGAGAUCGCUCGGUGCCCUAGUUGUACUCUCUACAUCACCGUCGUUUACAACAUCGAAGAUUUCAUGGAUAAGAAACCCACCAAACCCUUUGAGCCCUCCAAGCAACAAUCCCUCACCGUUGCUUAGGAUUUCAGAUGGCCUUGUAUGGAGGAGGUGGCCAAGUGGUGGAAGGAUUCUUCCCAAGUUUUGUUAGAUUUUAACUCAAUAUUAAGUGUGCAAGUUAGGAGUGGGAAAUUUUGUAUUCAACAUGAAGAGGAAUUGAUUUGAGAUACAGGGACGGUAUCCUUGUAAUAAUUAUUGAGCUUAACCUUAUUGAUUGACAUAUAUUUUUACUGAAUACAUGUACGUAAUGUGAUGCCAAUAUAAGAAAGGUAUCACUUUAGUCACUAUCUGCAAAUGCUUUUAGAUCUCAAUGUAAGAUGGAAUUGCAAGGGACUAGUUAUCUUUCCUUACC